AUGAAGCCUUGGUUAUAUGUAUUGUUCAUUUGCCUAAGCUCCGUUAGAGGCGCCUCCUCAGGCUCGGGUACUGGAACCGGCACAACUGGAACAGGAACUGGAACCGGUACCGGAACAGGCACAGGAACAGGCACAGGAACUGGAACCGGUACCGGAACCGAUACAUCAACAACAACAGUAGCACCCACGACCACCAAAACUACAACUACCACCACGGCCACCCCUGCGCCGACCCGCAAGACUGUCCAUCGCCGAAGACGCCGCCGCAUCAUCAUAAGGAGGAUCAAUCCCGAGACCAGUCAAAGAGAAUCUGCCAUGCGUCCAGUUCUUGCGCUAACCCUGGUCGUCCUGACCGUCCUCGUGGCCCUGUCCUCGCAGGCAUCCACGCCGAGCAGCUCCUCCACUUCGCCCAGCAGCUCUUCCACCUCCCCGAGCAGCUCCUCCACCUCCCCGAGCAGCUCAUCCACCUCUCCGAGCAGCUCCUCCACCUCCCCGAGCAGUUCCUCCUCCUCGUCCGACACCACCGCAACCACUACGACCACGACCACCACCACUACGGCAGCCACUACCACCACCUCCACCACGGAAACAACGAAAAGGAGGCAUCGCCGCAGACACCGCCGCAGGAGGAUCAUCAUCAUCCGCCGCAGAGGAGGAGAGAGGCGUCGCAGGAACCGCUUCCGCGAUGGCGAGGAUGAUGGCGGUCGUAUCGUAAGGCGCAUUCGAGUGCGUGAGCGCCGUGUCGGAGGUUUUCGCCGUUUCUAAAAAUCAU